GGGAAAGAAGGCAGGGGAAGUGAAAGCUGCCUUUGCUCCCUGCUUGCCUCCCAACGCUAAACAUGGCAUCUUCCAUGAGGAGCUUGUUCUCUGACCACAGCAGAUAUGUUGAAUCUUUUCGAAGGUUUCUCAGCAAUUCCACCGAGCACCAGUGCAUGCAGGAAUUUAUGGACGAGAAGCUGCCAGGCAUUAUAGCAAGGAUUGGGGACACAAAGCCAGAACUUAAGAUCCUGAGCGUAGGUGGAGGUGCAGGUGAGAUUGACCUUCAGAUUCUCUCCAAAAUACAAGCUCAAUAUCCAGGAAUUCACAUAAAAAAUGAAGUUGUUGAACCAAGUGCUGAGCAAAUUGCUAAGUACAAAGAACUUGUAGCCAAGACAUCAAACCUCGAGAACAUAAAGUUUGCUUGGCAUAAGGAAACAUCGUCUGAAUAUCAACAUAGAGUGACGGAGAAAAAAGAGCAUCAAAAAUGGAACUUUAUUCAUAUGAUUCAGGUUGUUGAAUGUCUUACUGAUCAGCUGAAUUUGAGUAAGGAUCUACGGUCCCAUAGCAGACAGCAUGGAAUACAUAUGGGAUGGAGGCAGAAUUGGCCAGAGCAUGAAUGCUUAUUCUCUUACACAGGAACCAGUGGCUGGUACAAGCUGUGGAAAAAGUAUGAAUCCCGUUUACCCAGGAAUGACCUCUGCCAGUAUGUCACAUCAUCUGACCUCACGCAGAUCCUGGAUAACUUGAGGAUUCGGUACACGUGCUCUGACCUUCUGUCCACCAUGGACAUAUCUGACUGUUUUAUUGAGGGCAAUGAAAAUGGAGACUUGCUCUUGGAUUUUUUGACAGAAACCUGCAACUUUAACACAACAGCACCUAUGACUCUCAAAGCAGAGAUUAUGCAAGAUCUACAAGAGCCUGAAUUUAGUGUUAAAAAAGAUGGAAAGAUAUUUUUUAAUAAUAAUCUGAGUUUCAUAGUGGUUGAGGCAUAGCUAUCAAUCAGAGGAGCAUAUUAGAAAAAUUAUAUUAGAACAAUGCUAUUCACCACUUACUUUCAUAUUAAAAUUAAAAUUGUAAUCCAAAUUUUAUAAAUAGAGCAUUGUCCCAUGUGUGUGAAUAUCUAGACAUUUUUGAACAUUCAUAAGGAGUUAUAGGUGAUACUGCAGGUCUUAUCACUCCUCAAGGUAGAGAGCAGCCUGGGCUCAAACACCAUGAGUUGGUACAAUUGUCACUGGUUUGUUAGCUAGCAAAUCCUUUUAUUUGCUGAUUGUUCUGAAGUUUCCUUAAAUAGUAAUGCAGAAUAUGCCUUCUGACUCUUCGAAUACUAAGAAAGUGUAUGUUUCUUAAUUUUCCCCUUUUGUUAAUAAAUAUUUGCCUUUGUUUA